AUGAUGUCACUAAAACCUAGAAAUGUGGACUUUCAGGAGACAUGGGCAAGCCUUAAAGAAACGGUUUCAGGUGUAGUGGCAUUACAGGCAGUAGAACGUGCAGUUUGGAAUAUGCGCUUCUCUGAUGUAUAUGCAUUAUGUGUAGCACAUCCUGAGCCUCUAGCAGACCGUCUUUAUGAUGAGACUAGAAAAUUUUUGGAAGAGCAUGUAUCGGGGCUUUUACAGCGAGUUCGCGGGAACUCGCCUCUCGAAAGCAGUGAUUAUAAUGAUGGACUGCUCACCAGGUAUGUGGCAGCAUGGCGGGAGUACAGUCAGGGUGUAGCAUAUCUCAACAGUCUCUAUUCUUAUCUUAACCUGCAACACGUCAAAAGACAAAAGGUAUCUGAUGCUGAAAUAAUAUAUGGUUCAUCGGCAACUGUUACCUGUCCUGAACACGACUCUAGGCAGUUGGAGGUAGGUGAGCUGGGUCUUGUCACCUGGGAGCGCGUUCUAGUCAAACCACUUUCCGGCGCACUAACUUCUAGGAUCGUAGCAGCUCUAUCCGCUGCACGGGAUUCCCCGCUUGAAACCGCUUUAGCCGACGUAUUGCACGCAGCGAUUCAUAGCGCCGUACAUGCCCAGGCCCACCGAGUCCGCGCCCCGUUGCAGUUGUACCAACAGUUAGUAUUGGAGCCCUACCUAGCCGCGGCAGCCACACACCACGCCCGACGUGCGGCAGAUUUGUUGCAAGAUGGUGACGUCUCGCAUUAUAUGAAGCAUAUACUGGAAGGUCUAGAGCGCGAAACAGCGCUUGGGGCACGAUACCUCCACUCGUCAUCAUCGGAAGCUGUGCGUGGCUGCUACGAAAGAGCAGCGGUGGCAGCUCACCUGCCAGCGCUUCACGCUCACACCGAGCGGCUUCUACGCGAGGCCUGCAUGGACGCACCCGAGGCUGCACAGCGCCGUGAAGACUUGAAGCGAAUGUACACGCUACUGAAGCCUCUGAGCGGACAGGGAGCCCUUCGGCCAUUGGUGGACGCUGCUCACGCUCAAGCCGCAAGGGAGGGACUCGAUCUCUUGGCAGCCGAACACAGCAAAGAUGAGGCACACACGCACUUCGUGAACGCAAUGUUGUCCCUCCAUGGAAAGUAUAGCAAACUGUUUGCGGAGGUGUUUGGUGGAGCACAAGCUUUCGUUGGGGCACUUGACAAAGCGUGCAGCGCGGUGGUGAACGCGCGGCAGGCGGGCGAGAGCGCGGCGCGCGCGCCGGAGCUGCUGGCGCGCUACUGCGACGCGCUGCUGCGCCGCCGCGGCGCCGACGCCGACGCGGACGACAAGCUUGCCGCCGCCAUCGUUGUCUUCAAAUACGUCGACGACAAGGACGUCUUCCAGAAGCAUUACGCUCGAGCCCUCGCCAGGCGCCUCAUCCACCAGCUCUCCGCCUCCAUGGAACAGGAGGAGGCCAUGAUCAACCGGCUGAAAGCGGCCUGCGGCUACGAGUUCACGAACAAACUGCACCGGAUGUUCACCGAUGUCGCCGUUUCCGCCGAUCUCAACGCAAAGUUCCAGCAGCAUCUUAGGGAUAAUAAUUUGUCUACGAACACCGGAUUUUUUAUACAGGUAUUACAAGCAGGUGCGUGGCCGCUAGGUGGCGCAAUGGCGCCGCUAGCGCCACCUGCACAACUGGAGCGGCCGGCGAGACUGUUUGAGGCGUUUUAUCGAGCCUCUUUCAGUGGAAGGAGACUCGCGUGGCUUCAUCAUCUCUGCACCGGUGAAUUACGUACGCGCUAUACGCAACGAGUGUACCAUAUUAGUGCCACUACCCCACAGUGUGCGCUACUGCUGAUGUUCGAGAAUGCGGACAGUGUGAACGCUCGGGAAGCGCGCGAGACGCUGCAGCUGGGCGGCGAGGCGUGGGCGCGCCACGUGCGGCCGCUGCUGGACGCCGGCCUGCUCACGGCGCGCGGCGCGCUCGGGCCCGACUGCGAGCCCGACGCCGACGGCGAGGCCGCCACGGCCGAGCUCGCACUCAACCUCGCCUUCAGCUGCAAACGGACCAAGUUGCGUCUCACCUGUGCGGCGGCGCCGGCGAAUCCCGGCGGCGGUGGCAGCGGUAGUGCCACCGGUGGCAGUGGCGAAACGGCGCAUUGCGACGACGACCGCAAGAUGUACCUUCAGGCAGCGCUCGUUCGCAUCAUGAAACAACGGAAGGUGUUGCGUCACACAGAACUAAUUCAAGAGGUAGUGGCUCAAGCGCGAGGCUCUUUUGCGCCGUCUGUUGCCAUGAUCAAGAAAUGCAUAGAGGCCCUUAUAGAUAAACAGUACCUUGAACGUGCCCCAGGAACUUUGGACACGUAUUCAUACCUCGCGUAG